AUGAAUUUGUCUCCCAUGAACUUCCCGAACCCCGCAGCCUCCUCUUCUACCAGAGACCCAGCUGGCAGAGGAGACUCCGGGAAGAAGACUCCGAUAGUAGUCCCCAUCGCCUGCCUCAACCCCUACCAGACUACAUGGACCAUCAGGGCCCGGGUCACCAGAAAGAACAACAUCCGUCUUUGGAGCAACCCAAGACAAAAGGGAAAAUUAUUCUCCUUCGAUAUCGUGGACGAGAGCGGGGAGAUCAGAGUAACAGCCUUCGACAAGGAAGUGGACAAGUUCUUCCCUUUGCUGGAGACGGACAAGGUGUACUACAUCUCACAGUUCAAAGUAAAGGACGCCAAUAAGAAGUAUAUUAGCCUGAAUAACAGCUAUGAGAUGAUCCUUCUAAGUGAGACAUCCAUCGUGCCGUGUGAGGACGACCAGGACCUUCCCAUGGUGGAGUGCGACUUCAUACCCAUCGCUCAGCUGGAGCACAUGGAGAAGGACGACAUCAUCGAUGUGAUAGGAGUGUGUAGGAGUGUGGAUGAUCUGAGUCGUUUCACCUCUAAGACAGGUAGAGAGGAGUAUAGAAGAGACAUUCACCUGAUGGAUACCAGUGGCAAGGCGGUCACAGUCACACUGUGGGGCGAGCAGGCAGAGAAGUUUGAUGGUUCAGUCCAGCCUAUAGUAGCUGUUAAAAGAGCUCGCCUGUCAGACUUUGGAGACCAGUCUGUCUCUGCGAUCUUCAGCUCCGCUUUCAUGGUCAACCCUGACAUACCUGAGGCCCAUAGGCUGAGGAGAUGGGCAACGAGUGGCAGUUUUACAGCCAGACCCUCUACUACGUCAUCCACAAGUGUUGUCGCCACCGGUGCAUCAAGACCCUCAACAUCACCUACAAGUGCGACCAUCGCCUCAACCAGUGCAACGAGACCCUCUACAACGUCUACAUCAUCCACGAGUAUGACCACCACCGGUGCAGCCAUGGAAGAUGAUGAAAUGGAGGAAGCACCUCUGGAUCCCGGACCACCUGAGAUUAUUAUGAACCUCACCACUGAGGACCUCGUUGAACAGGAUGUGGCCGUGGAGAGAAACGAAGAGGAACAACGUCACACCAGGCGUCAUCGGAGGUACCAGCCCCCAGAUCCACUCAACUCAUUUCAGCAGAGGCUCCUCCAAGCCGUGGAGAGGGAUGCAGCCCAACCUGAUGCUCACAGGAAGGAGGAUGAAGAGACCCUCUUUGCCAUGAGCCUGGUGCCAACACUGAAGAGGCUGCCUCAGCAAAGAAAAGCAGCAGUCAAGGUUGAAAUGUAUCAGCUGCUUUUCGAAGCCGAGUUCAAUGAAAUAGAGUCAAUUUAGCCGACCAGCUCACAGGAAGGACAGGAAGAGGAGAGGAAGGACAGGAAGGACAGGAAGAGGAGUUGUCUGAUUGUUUUUACCUCCCUCAUUCUACCUUUCUUUUCACACACGUCAGGGGUACCAAGACAGGUCGCCCAUGGGCAUAC